AUGGCCCCUUCUACGUCUAAAGCUCUCUCCUCCAAUUGGAAGGAACUGCAGAAGUCUUUAAACAAGAAAUCUACUGACACUAAAGUUACAAAAAAAGUUGGUAAGGGUAUUAAAAGAAAUGUGGGUAAAUCAAAGAUAGCGCUCGUGGAGAAAGAUCGGCUGGGUAGUAAGGGCCCAAAAGUUGAUACAAGUCGAGCCUCUAAUGUCACUUCGGCCCUACCAGCACCAGAACUCCCUCCAAGCGUAAAAGCAGCUAAUCUUCUUCUACUAGAUGAUAUAGAUCUUUCGAUAGCUGGAAGACCUACGUCUUCACUUGCAUAUGAUGCACGAAAAACUGAAAUGGGUCGCUUUAUUGCUUUAGAUUGCGAGUUUGUUGGCACAGGGCCCGAUGGUGCUACUUCAAUUCUUGCGCGAGUAUCCAUCGUGAAUUACUUUGGAUAUGUCCUUCUCGAUACUUUCGUUAGACCCUCAGAGCGAGUGACAGAUUGGAGGACUUGGGUUAGUGGUGUAACACCCCGGUCAGUCCAGGGAGCGCCAUCGCUUCGAGAAGUACAAAACCAAGCAUCAAAAAUUCUUGAGAAUCGAAUAUUAGUUGGUCACUCUGUUCGUCAUGAUCUUGAGGUCAUGGGUAUUUCUCAUCCAAGAAAUGACAUCAGAGACACUUCGUCAUAUAGUCUGUUCAGAGAGGUCUCUAAAGGACGUACUCCGAGUCUCAAGACUUUGUCGAGGCAUUUCAUUGGCCUUAACAUCCAAUCUGGUGAGCACUCCUCGAUAGAAGAUGCUAGAGCGACUAUGCUGCUAUACAGAUUAUACAAAGCAGGAUUCGAGAAGAAACACUCCCGGAAUGGAGGAGGGUAUAGAUCUAAAUAG